UCCUUAAAAGCUUUGGGUAGCUUGGGUACUAGGGCUUCGAUUGAUGAUUCCUUGCUCAGUAAAGCCGGUAUUUCGACCUUUCUAGUUCGGGUUCCACGCACAUUAAACGUCUGGGACCUGAAUCAAGGGAGAACAAUGUUUCUCAGGGCCAGUACAAAUGCAUUCAGGUCAGGCAGACUGCAUGCUUUGAAUGGCGCAAGGAGUUCCUUGUUGGACGGCAUCUGUAGAUCAGCAACAACACCUAAGAGUUCAGUGCUGAAGCAUCAUAACUUCUACCCCAGGCUUGCAGCAGGAACUGUAAGGUUUUGUGCCAAUGAAGCAAAAGGCCAGCCAGAGGCAUCUGCAGUGCCCUUGAUCCCAUAUGACCAACUGACCAUUGGCGUCCCAAAGGAGAUGUCUGCCAACGAGCGACGUGUGGCCAUCAGUCCUGAGGCUGUCAAGAACUACACCAAACAAGGCUUCAAGGUGGUGAUAGAAGAGGGUGCAGGCCUGGACGCUAAGUUUAUGGAUGCUGAUUAUGUUGCCGCAGGAGCACAAAUCAAGAGUGUGAAGGACGUGUAUAACACCUCGGAUAUCAUCCUGAAGGUGCGACCUCCACUGCCAGAGGAAGCAGAAAUGAUGAAAGAGGGACAGAAACUUGUGAGUUUCCUGUACCCCGCACAGAACAAAGAUCUGGUUGAGAUUCUGAAAAAGAGAAACAUAACUGCUUUUGCCGUGGACUGCAUCCCACGUAUCAGCAGGGCCCAGGGAUUUGAUGGCUUGAGCUCAAUGGCAAACAUUGCUGGUUACAAGGCUGUUAUUGAGGCUGCAAAUCUGUUUGGUAGAUUUUUCACUGGUCAGAUCACUGCUGCUGGAAAAGUUCCUCCUGCGAAAAUGCUGGUUAUUGGUGGUGGUGUUGCUGGCCUGUCGGCCAUGGCACAUGCUAAGAACAUGGGUGCCAUUGUGCGAGCAUUUGACACCAGGGCUGCUGUGAAAGAGCAGGUCCAGUCGCUCGGUGCUGAGUUCCUGGAAAUCCACGUUGAGGAGUCUGGAGAAGGUGGUGGUGGAUACGCCAAGGAGAUGUCACCAGAAUACAUCAAGGCAGAGAUGGAGCUGUUUGCCAAGCAGUGCCGUGAGGUUGACAUUGUCAUAACAACUGCAUUGAUCCCUGGCAAACCAGCACCUAAACUGAUCUCCAAGGAAAUGGUAGAGAGCAUGAAGCCUGGUUCAGUCAUAGUAGAUUUGGCUGCAGAGACAGGCGGCAACUGUGAGCUUACCAAACCAGGAGAGCUGUAUGUCCAUAAUGGAGUCAAUAUUGUUGGCUACACUGACCUACCCAGCCGACUACCCACACAAGCGAGCACCCUCUAUGCAAACAACCUAACCAAAUACCUCCUGUCCAUGGGUUCUGAGAAAGGAAAGUUCGGCAUUGACCUGAAAGAUGACGUUAUCAGAGGUUCCAUAGUGGUGAAAGAUGGUGAAAUGAUGUGGCCUCCACCACCAAUAGCAAUGCCGCCCCCUGCCCCACCCAAGGGGAAAGCAAUGGUUAAACCCCCAGAACAGACCCCAUUUCAGAAGGCCAUGUCUGAAACCGGUCUUACCACAGCUGGACUUGGCUCACUGCUUGCAUUGGGCGUGGCUGCCCCUAAUCCAGAGUUUGCAACAAUGGUGACAACCUUCUCCCUGGCUGGUGUCAUUGGGUACAAAGUUGUUUGGGGUGUUACGCCCGCCCUCCACUCACCUCUGAUGUCAGUCACCAAUGCCAUCUCUGGUAUAACAGCAGCUGGUGGUCUAGUGAUGAUGGGGGGUGGGGUUCUACCUAGCAAUACAGCCACGUCAUUGGCAGCAGCAGCUGCUCUCAUCUCAUCUAUUAACAUCACUGGCGGCUUUAUUAUUACCAAGAGAAUGUUGGACAUGUUCAGGAGACCAGAGGAUCCCCCAGAGUACACUUACAUGUAUGCCAUCCCUGGAGCGGCGGUCAUUGGUGGUUAUGCUCUAGCUAAACAUGCCGGCUAUGCGGAAAUUGACCAGUUGGCCUACCUGGUAUCCUCGCUAUGCUGUGUUGGUGCCCUGGGUGGACUCUCAACUCAGAGCACCUGUAGACAAGGAAAUGCACUUGGCAUAAUUGGUGUUGGAACUGGCAUGGUGGCAACCAUUGGUAGCCUCAACCCCAACUUGGAUGUCCUCACGCAGAUGGGUGCUAUGAUGGGUGUGGGAGGUACCAUCGGCGCCCUCAUCUCUAGUCGUAUUGCUGUCAGUGACCUCCCCCAGCUUGUCGCCGCCUUCCACAGCUUUGUCGGCCUCGCUGCAGUCUUGACUGCCAUCUCCAAGUACAUGAUUGAUGUUGACCUGUUUGCCACUGACCCCGCUGGCAAUGUCCACAAGACCGCCAUUUUCUUGGGGACAUUCAUUGGUGGUGUGACCUUCACUGGUUCACUGGUGGCAUUUGGCAAACUGCAUGGGCUGAUGAGCUCAAAGGCUCUCGCUCUUCCUGGCAAGAACCAGCUCAAUAUCGCCAUGGCCCUGGCUAAUGUAGGAGCUAUGGCCUACUACAUGUCCAGUGGAGAUCCUACUGUUGGUCUCUCCAUGCUUGGUACGACCGCUACCCUCUCCAUGAUCAUGGGUUGGCACAUGACGGCAUCUAUCGGCGGUGCUGACAUGCCUGUUGUUAUCACUGUACUUAACUCGUACUCCGGGUGGGCCCUGUGCGCCGAGGGCUUUAUGCUUAACAACGACCUCCUGACCAUUGUGGGCGCCCUUGUCGGCUUCUCCGGAGGCAUCCUGUCUUACAUCAUGUGCAAGGCCAUGAACAGGUCCCUGUCAAACGUACUCUUCGGUGGAUAUGGAACGCUUUCUUCAGGCACUGGCGAGAAGAUGAAGAUCGAAGGCACUCACACGGAGAUCCAAGCAGACAGCGCCAUCGAGAUGCUGACUGGCGCCAAGAAUGUCAUCAUCGUGCCGGGUUAUGGGUUGGCUGUGGCUAAGGCCCAGUACGCUAUCGCAGACAUGGUCAAGACUCUGCGCGACAAAGGGCUCAACGUCCGCUUUGGGAUCCACCCCGUGGCGGGACGCAUGCCGGGACAGCUAAAUGUUUUGCUGGCGGAGGCCGGUGUCCCGUAUGACGUUGUCUUGGAGAUGGAUGAGAUCAAUGACGAUUUUCCCGAAACCGACCUGGCGCUUGUGAUUGGCGCUAACGACACCGUGAACUCGGCGGCUCAAGACGACCCUAACUCAAUCAUCGCCGGUAUGCCUGUGCUCGAGGUCUGGAAGGCUAAACAGGUGAUAAUAAUGAAGAGGACGCUAGGUACCGGCUAUGCCGACGUGGACAACCCCGUCUUCUUCAAAGAGAACACCAAUAUGUUGCUAGGCGACGCCAAGGUCAUGUGUGACACCUUGCUCUCCAAGAUCAGGGCCCAUUACAACCUCAGUUAACUAUCACGUGACCCUCACAUGAUUAUCACGUGACCAUCACGUGGUCUUAUCUCGACUAGAAUAUGCCUUUUUGUAAAUUUCGUCAAAGGAAUGACUAUAAAAUGCGUUUUUUAGUAGGAAGUCUAUCAGUGUCUUGGUCCACAAAUCUUGAUCGCACUAUAGCUGUCCCUACGCCCCCCCCUCCUCCCUCCCCCAGUUUUUGUACUCUGUAGAUUAGACUAAAGUAAUAUUUUGAAUAUAGUGUUUCUGCUCCUUGUUCGCGAAAAAAAGGGAAUCACAAACCGCUUGUAACUAUGUCAUACCCUAGGUGUUAAAUGUAUAAGUAUGGCGUGCCGUAGGGGGGUAGCGUGAUUACCUUAUUGUGUGCAUACAAUAUAAUAAAUAGCUAAUGAAGAGUGUAGCGUUCCUGUUAACUCCCGUAUACAGAGAAAAAUAAAACAUGCUUCCCAAUGUU